AAAAACGCACGGCGGCCGGCUGGGCUCUGCGUAGUGGUGAAAGUCGCAAAGCUGGAGACGAAGCGGAGUCGGUAGAGGCAGGUGGCGGUUCACAAGUGUCUUAGUUUUUUGUAACCAUGGUGGGAGAAGACAAUAUAUCUCUAAGAAAUCGCCGAGCUACAUACAGCACUGCAGAAGAGAAAGAUGGCUUACCAAGCAGGUUGGAAGAGGACUGGCCACUCUCUAAAUCAAGUAAUGGUCGAAUUGAUGUUGACCAUGCAAUAACAAGAAAGAUGCGUCUUUUAACAGAAGCAGAGCAGUUGAAGCCAGCAUUCAUGAAAGGUGUGGACAAGCAUUUUACUGAAGUUGUCAAUAGUUUGAUUGCAAACUCUGUGCUGCUGGAAUCUUCCCCAGCUGCUUUUCCAGAGAAAGACAGUCUCAAAAUCAAGGGAACAAGAGCACCUCCAGAACAUGGAAAAGUUUUCAUUCCCAGAAAAUCUCUCUUGGAUGAGUUAUUUGAAGUGAAUCAUAUCCGGACCAUCUACCACAUGUUUAUUGCUCUCCUCGUUUUGUUCAUCCUCAGCACACUUGUGGUGGACUACAUUGAUGAGGGAAGGCUUGUGCUAGAAUUUGAUUUCCUCGUUUACUCUUUUGGCAAAAUUUCUAUCGUCGCUCCAACUUGGCUUUGCAUGUUCUUCUCCACGUUACUUGUGCCCUACGUCCUCUUUGUCCGGUGGGCCCAGGGGUUCCAUAGCUCCUCCCACAAGAUCAUCUAUUCCACUUUAUUUGGGGCACUGUUUGUGAUUUUCCAAACAGUCUGUCUUGGAUUUGGACCAAUUUACAUUGUAUUGGUUUAUGAUCUACCGCCAGCCUCUCGUUUUAUAAUUAUACUUGAACAGGUACGCCUUGUGAUGAAAGCUCACUCUUUCGUCAGGGAGAAUGUUCCCCGAAUAGUCUCUGCUACUCCUCAAAGCUCAAAUUCUUUUCAUCUUCCUAAAGUUUCCCAGUACCUGUAUUUUCUUUUUGCUCCCACUCUUAUUUACCGAGAUCAAUAUCCCAGAACACCCACAGUAAGAUGGAGCUAUCUGGCUACCAAGAUUGCACAGAUUCUUGGUUCAUUGUUCUAUGGUUACUACAUAUUUGUAAGACUCUGUAUUCCGAUGUAUCGGAAUUAUAGCCUGGGACACUUCAGUCUACGUGGACUAGUUCUUUGCAUCUUCAACUCUAUUCUUCCAGGUGUAUUGAUUAUGUUCCUGACCUUCUUUGCAUUCCUUCAUUGCUGGCUUAAUGCUUUUGCUGAGGGGCUCCGCUUUGCUGACAGAAUGUUUUAUAAGGACUGGUGGAAUUCUACAUCUUUUUCAAACUAUUACCGAACCUGGAAUAUCGUAGUACAUGAUUGGCUGUAUUACUAUGCCUACAGAGAUUUCCUUUGGUUCUUUGGGAAAAAAUUCAAAGCAGUUGCUAUGCUGUCAGUUUUCGUGGUUUCUGCUGCGGUACAUGAAUAUAUCCUGGCCAUUUGUUUGGGCUACCUGUAUCCAGUCAUGUUCUUCUUGUUCCUGUGCUUUGGAAUGGUUUUCAACUUCAUUCUCCAUGACCGGCGGAAAAACCCCAUUUUUAACAUCUUCAUGUGGACAUCUCUCUUCCUUGGCCAAGGUGUCCUUAUUUGCCUUUAUGGGCAAGAGUUAUAUGCCCGUCAGUAUUGUCCCAGAGAAAAUCCAACUUUUCUGGAUUAUGUGAAACCACGUUCUUGGUCUUGCCAUCUUAAGAUAUGAAGACCUCUGAGAAUUAUUUUUAGAACAAUAUUAGAAGAUGCUCUGUAGUCAAACAAUAACAAACUGGGUCCAGUGAUAUAAAUGAGUUGAGCCUUCUUUUAUAAGAAAUUGUAUGUAUUUCUGGAAAAUGAUGGCAUUUUGGCACACAAGGCAGCUAAACUUGUCCAAGGCUCAAUAGGUGUUUCUCAUUCCAAGCUCAUUCCAAUAUGAGUCAUUUCCAUGCUGGUCAUGAAAUAUGCUAAAAGGUUAGUGAAGAAAUUUCUAGUUAAAUUUUGCCUAUUGCAAAUAGUUCUCUAUGUAUUAUUCCUUUUACCUACUAUUUCCUUAAAAAGUAGUUUUCUGUGAUCUGGAUAAUAGUGACCAUUUGCAUAAGUCUUCGGUCAGAAUCACACUUGAAAUGGGAUACUUGAACAGUAUUUGUACUACAGAAUGAAGAGGCCAGCUGCUGCUUUUGUCCAGAACCUGAGAAAAAAACAUUCAUGUCUACUCACAUUGGGCUUAGGGAAAAAUGAGGAAAAAUUAAGAUACCUUUGUAAUUUUUUGUUAUUUCUUAAACCAUAUCAUAAAGGAUUGCUGAGAUAUGUUGCUGAGGGCCCUCUUGGGUGGUGAGUCAAAGACAUCCUGCCCUUGUAAGUGAAUGUAUUGAUACCUGGUUUAGAUCACCUGCAACAUGUGGGCUUUUCCUGUAAUAGUAAUUAUAUAAAUAUGUCAUUUCGACGGAUGCAGCCAUGCAACGAAUAUUUGUAGAAAUUGUAAUUUGGCCUAAGGUAUAUAAAAGUUGGGCAUGAUCCAACACUGCUUUGAAGGGUAAAAUUACUGCCUGUAUGAAUAAUGUAUUGUGAAAAAUAUGUCUAAUGUUCUGCUUUGACAUCUUUCAGUAUUUUUCUUUCAAAUUAAAGAAAACCUAGUGUUAUUGGCUGUACCGUGUAGUACUUCCUUUGAUGCUUAGUUUCUUAAUAAUCUGGCAACACGGAGUGGCCACUUACUACCAUGUUCAUUUAUCUUUGGAUUUUUGAACUGUUAACAGAAGAACAUAUUAAAUACUAAAAUAUGUUGUAAAUUACAUUACAGGCUUAUAGCAAAGUUAUUAGGGAUAGCCUUGGGGGUUCCAUUAACAUUCAGACUAGGACCAGUUUCUGUAAUAAUGAUGUGUUCUGCUGAAUAUCACAGAAUUUAAAACAAAAUGUGUUUAAAGCUUUCCUUCCCUCUUUAGGUUAAGGCCAAUUUAAAUGUGAUAUUAUAAACCCAGUUAACAAUUGUAUGAGACUUUAAAAAAAAAAGCCUGUCAUGAAAGGUAGAUUUUAUACAACCUCUCUUAUUUGUUAGGAUCUCAGUUUGAAGACUUUAUAAGUGAAGCCCUCUUUGUUUACAAUCAUAGGCAGUUUUUCCCUGUAUUGGUAAAAAUUCAGACAGACAGCAGAUAUAGUUUCAUACAUUAGAUUCCUGUGAGCUAGUCUGUCUCAAUUAUGAGCAUACUAUCUUCAAUAUUGAAUCUUUUACAAACAUCUUUAAUAUGUGGUCAUAAUGCCCAUUAUUUUUACAUUCUUUAUUGAUUAUCUCUGCAGUGAUACAGAACAUAAUUAGUAUUGAAGAAAUGAGAAAAAGUGUUGCCUUGAAAAGCUUCAGUGUUCCAGUUAAAAUAGCAGUUUGCUCAGUAAGAUUCCUUUGAAAGUAAUAAUGGGGUGGAUUAGGUAUGGAACACCCUGAGACAUAAUUCUGCCAAUGUGACACAUAAUCACUAUAUUGAUAGCUGACAGUUAAUACCCUACAGGGCUGAUAGAGCCUAUAGAUAAGUAUUAGAGACCUCUGGUUCUCUAGUCAGUGUGAACAAUUCACAAGGCAUUGGGCUGUGAUUCAGAGUAAAUAAAAAAAGUUGGAGAUGGGGAAAAUAAAUACAGUUUGUAUAUAUUUGAGGUCUUGCCUUAAUUGAUUCAUAGUUUGCUAGUGCAUUAUAGAUGCUGGUUGUUGUUCUCUUGUUUUGUCUAAUUUUGUGAAACUGAACUCAUAUAGCACUUGUUUUCUGUAGUAUAACUUUAAUUACUUAACUAAAGUGAUUUAACCUAACUAGAGAACACCAGACUCAACUCUUUCAGGAUAAAAGCAGCUUAAUAAAGCAGCUUAAUAAAAGGGCAACUGGUAGAUUUUCAUUCUGCAAAAAUAUUUUAAUUAUCCUUUAUUUUCUUAAAAUUCAACAGACCGAUUUCAAUACUCUGUUUUAAAAAAAUUCUUAGAAGAUGACAAACUGAAAGAAACCUUGGAACAUUUGAUAUAAGAUUUACAUGAUUGAUAUAAAUUAAAUCAUUAAAUCAUCUCAUUUUAAUAGAAAGUUUCACACUGAAAGUUUUCACACUGAAACCAGCUUUUCCUAAAAAAAAUAUUGUAUAUGUUUUAAGAAUUGCUGGAAUGCUUGUAUUUAUAUUUGGUAAUUAUGUUAUGGACAAAUCAAAUAACAUUUACAGAAAGAAUACUGAAUUUGCUAUUUUGAAAUAA